AGCCGAGCAGAGGGAGAAGGCUCUCGGGCGGAGAGAGGUCCUGCCCAGCUGUUGGCGAGGAGUUUCCUGUUUCCCCCGCAGCGCCCGGUUGAAGUUGAGUGAGUCACUCGCGUGCACGGACCCACAACACCCCCGCGCGCGCACCCGCUCGGGGCAGGAGCCGGCCUCCCGCGCAGCUCCCCUCGGCCGCCGGGGGCCUCCCCGUGCCUCGCCGGCCUCCGGGACCCCUCCUAGCUGGUGAGCGGGCGCCACAGCUGGCCCGCACAUCUGCCCCGCCGGCCGGGCGCGGGGUCCGGAGAGGGCGCGGCGCGGAGGCGCAGCCGGGGGUCCAAGAAGGAGCCGGCCGCUGCGCUCGGGGCUCGGUCUAUGAAGAGCGGCGGGGUCUGCCAUGGGUCGGGGGCUGCUCAGGGGCCUGUGGCCGCUGCACAUCGUCCUGUGGACGCGCAUCGCCAGCACGAUCCCUCCACACGUUCAGAAGUCGGAUGUGGAAAUGGAGACUCAGAAAGAUGAAAUCAUCUGCCCAAGCUGUAAUAGGACUGUUCAUCCACUGAGACAUGUUAAUAAUGACAUGAUGGUCACUGACAACAAUGGUGCAGUCAAGCUUCCACAACUGUGUAAAUUUUGCGAUGUGAGAUUUUCCACCUGUGACAACCAGAAAUCGUGUGUGAGCAACUGCAGCAUCACCUCCAUCUGUGAGAAGCCACAAGAAGUCUGUGUGGCAGUAUGGAGAAAGAAUGAUGAGAACAUAACGCUAGAGACAGUUUGCCACGACCCCAAGCUCCCCUACCAUGAUUUUAUUCUGGAAGAUGCUGCUUCUAAAAAGUGCGUUAUGAAGGAAAAAAAAAAGUUUGGCGAGACUUUCUUUAUGUGUUCCUGUAGUGCUGAUGAGUGCAAUGACAACAUCAUCUUCUCAGAAGACUAUAACAGCAGCAAUCCUGACUUGUGGGUAGUCAUAUUCCAAGUGACGGGUGUCAGCCUCCUGCCACCACUGGGAAUCGCCAUAGCUGUCAUCAUCACCUUCUACUGCUACCGUGUUAACCGGCAGCAGAAGCUGAGCCCGUCCUGGGAAACCGGCAAGCCGCGGAAGCUCAUGGAGUUCAGCGAGCACUGUGCCAUCAUUCUGGAAGAUGACCGUUCCGACAUCAGCUCCACGUGCGCCAACAACAUCAACCACAACACAGAGCUGCUGCCCAUUGAGCUGGACACCCUGGUGGGGAAGGGUCGCUUUGCCGAGGUCUAUAAGGCCAAGCUGAAGCAGAACACUUCAGAGCAGUUCGAGACAGUGGCCGUCAAGAUCUUCCCGUAUGAGGAAUAUGCCUCUUGGAAGACGGAGAAGGACAUCUUCUCGGACAUCAACCUGAAGCAUGAGAACAUACUCCAGUUCCUGACAGCUGAGGAGCGGAAGACAGAGUUAGGGAAACAGUAUUGGCUGAUCACCGCGUUCCACGCCAAGGGCAACCUACAGGAGUACCUCACGCGGCAUGUCAUCAGCUGGGAGGACCUGCGCAAGCUGGGCAGCUCCCUGGCCCGGGGCAUUGCCCACCUCCACAGUGACCACACCCCGUGCGGGAGGCCCAAGAUGCCCAUCGUGCACAGGGACCUCAAGAGCUCCAACAUCCUCGUGAAAAAUGACCUGACCUGCUGCCUUUGUGACUUUGGGCUUUCCCUGCGUCUGGACCCUACUCUGUCUGUGGAUGACCUGGCUAACAGUGGGCAGGUGGGAACUGCACGAUACAUGGCUCCAGAAGUCCUAGAAUCCAGAAUGAAUUUGGAGAAUGUUGAGUCCUUCAAGCAGACUGAUGUCUACUCCAUGGCUCUGGUGCUCUGGGAAAUGACAUCUCGCUGUAACGCGGUGGGAGAAGUAAAAGAUUAUGAGCCUCCAUUCGGUUCCAAGGUGAGGGAGCACCCCUGUGUCGAAAGCAUGAAGGACAACGUGUUGAGAGAUCGAGGACGACCAGAAAUUCCCAGCUUCUGGCUCAACCACCAGGGCAUCCAGAUGGUGUGCGAGACGCUGACCGAGUGCUGGGACCAUGACCCAGAGGCCCGUCUCACGGCCCAGUGUGUGGCAGAACGCUUCAGCGAGCUGGAGCACGUGGACAGACUCUCGGGGAGGAGCUGCUCUGAGGAGAAGAUUCCCGAGGACGGCUCCCUGAACACUACCAAAUAGCUCUUCCAGAGCAGGCUGGGUCAAGUCCAAAGAGGCCAUCCCGCUCACCAAAGAACAGAGGCAGCAGGAAGCUGCCCCUGAACUGAUGCUUCCUGGAAAACCAAGGGGGUCACUCCCCUCCCUGUCAGCUGCUGGACGCGCAGAAACCACAGCAGCAGGGAGUGGGUGACAUAAAGCAUUCUAUGCCUUUGACGUUGUCAUAGGAUAAGCUGUGUUAGCACUUCCUCAGGAAAUGAGAUUGAUUUUUACAAUAGCCAAUAACAUUUGCACUUUAUUAAUGCCUGUAUAUAAAUAUGGAAUAGCUAUGUUUUAUAUAUAACUAUAUAUGUCUAUAUCUAUAGCCAUACUCUGAAAAGAGACGAGGAAAAAGAUCAAAUAUUCCCAGGAAAUUGGUUUUAUUGGAGAGCUCCAGAACCGAGCAGACGAGGAAGGGACCCAUGACAGCAUUAGCACUUGACAAUCACACAUGCGGUGGUUCUCUGACUAUAUGACGGGGGACUUUGAAUUAGGAGAGAGGCCCCAUGUCUCAGAGCCUGCCAUGGCCACAUUGCACUUGCUUUUGCAAAACAAUCAUUCCCUGCACAGGGGUUCUCCUCUGGCCGUGGAACUAAAUGCAGUGGCACUGUUCGGGGACCAGUGUUCCUGAGGUUCCUGUGUGCCAUUGUUUUUCCAGGACUUUUCACUUGAGCUCCAAGCUCCACAUCUAAUUUAUGAACAACCUUUGUCAUCCUAGUUCAGAAGCACCGCCCCAUCUCUAAUAGCAUGAACAUUUUAAGCCCCAUUUUUUACCUUCACUGGCUGCAGAAAAAUCAGAAGGUCAAAUUUCCCCACCCAUGAAAUUGCCACACAUCUACUAAUGAGAGAUUGUUUCUCUUUUUUUUUUAUCUUACCCCUAUAUCUAUAAUACUAUUCUCCACUUGCAGCCUUUAUCCUUCCCUAAAAGGGAACAGAUCUCUGCUCUGGGGUUCAUUGUGUUUAACUUUUUAUCACACUUGGUGUGACUCUCUAGCUUUCUGUGCAAACACCAGUGGGUUCCAUCUUUUUUGGGCUCCUAAAUGCUCAAACAUGGUUUGGCCUACUGGAAAGGAUUUGAACUAGUGGCUCAAUACUGCCACUGUUCUUGGGCACUCCGGACAUGUGUUUUCUUGGCCAGCACAGUGUUGAAAAAAAAAUUACGCCACUUUUUAAAUAUUUGGAGAUUUUGCCGAAAAAUCUGGAUCCCCAGGUAAGAAUAGCAGAGGGUUUCCAGUUCUCUCCGGUCCCCAUUCACAAAAUGAAGGUGUGGACAUACUUAUAAAGCUGUUUCACUUCUCACUGUAAACAUAUGCCCUUUCCACUGCCCACCCCCGCCCCAGUCCAAGAAUUAAACUGCCCCUGACCAGGGUCCUUGUAAGAAAUGUGCAUUCAAGCAGUCAUUCUCUGGCUACAUAGUAUGAUUUUUGACUACUUCUCUGAUGUUAAGAUUUGAAGUUGACCUUUUAUUGGACUAAAGGGGACCUCCUUUAAGUGGGUCCAGUUAACCGGAGUCUCUUUGCUUGUAUGUUAAUAGUUUUUCCCUCUGCAUCAGAGAGGGAAGCUCUUUACUCCAAGCUUUUCUCAUGAUGACCAGUGUCUCCAUCACACCAGCCUUCCCAACUUUGCAGAAAUUGAGAGCGAGGACUUGAAUGUGGGACACCAGAGUCCCAACUGAAGUUAAGAAAUCUGUGUCCACAUGGACAAGAACAAAGAAUGGGCUUUAAUACUCCAUAGGAAACUUGUUAAUCCACAAACAAGUGUUAAUGCUGCAAGUAAUCUCUUUUUAAAAAAUGUUUUUGAAGCUACUUAUUUUCAGCCAAAUAGGAAUAUUAGAGAGGGACUGGCAGUGAGCAAAUCAGCUUUGUUUGGAUUUUGGAAGAUCUCGUGUCAUUGAGGUUUUAGGAUACGUGGAGAAGUUCGGAGUUAGGUGGAAACUUUAGGCACCCUGCUCAGUGUGGUGGGCUGAGAGUUAAGGACAGUUUGGCUGCAACACCAUGGGAGCACCUAGAAAUUCCACUUGCACCUUUGGGCUUGCUUCUGCCAUCCCAAUAGCUGUUGCUCAUUGACCUCUAGUGGUGAGUUUCUAGAAUACUGGUCCAUUCAUGGGAUCUUCCAAGAUUCAAAAAAGUAUUGUCACUUCUGGGUUAUCAUCAGUGUAAACUGGAAUGUAGUGUCAGAUGAUACUGUGGCUUGUUUUAUGUUUCUUUUUUCCUUAUUCAAGAAAAAGACCAAGGAAUAACAUUCUGUAGUUCCUAAACAUACUGACUUUUUUUUCACUACUAUACAUAAAGGGAAAGUUUUAUUCUUUUAUGGAACACUUCAGCUGUACUCAUUUAUUAAAACAGGAAUGUGAAUGCUAUAUAGUCUUUUUAUAUCAAAAGUCUCAAGCACUUAUUUUCAUUCUAUGCAUUGUUUGUCUUUUACAUAAAUAAAAUGUUUAUUAGAUUCAAUAAAGCAAAAAUACUCAGGUGAGC